AUGUCUUCCACCCAUUUCCACGUGCCCGGAGACGUUACUAUUAUUGGUGCCGAGGGGGGUGGUGUCCCAAAAGAACUGUACGAGCCGAUUUGGGAUGACAUUCUGGACCAGGCCUCCGCUCAUGGAUUCAGAAUUCGCUCGAUAUGGAUGGCAGAUAUGGCUUGGCAAGGCGAGAGUGGACUUGUCAACAAGGGAAAACUAGGCAACGACCCUUCGUGGGCCGAUGCCGAACGCGACAUCUACCAGAUGAUCAAUCAUUUCCGCCUACCGGCGCCCAUGGUGGGCAUUGGUCAUUCCUUGGGCGCCGCCGUGCUGGCCGGGGUUUCUCUCCUGCACCCGCGCCUGUUUCAAAGCGUUUUGAUCCUGGAGCCCAUCGUGGGCGUUUGGGAUUGCGAAGCCAACGGCACGGCCGUGAUGCUGUAUUCGGCCACUCGGCAUGACCACUUUCCGUCCCGGGACGCGGCAAGAGCCUUCUUUUCCAAACAUCCCUUUUACGAGACUUGGGAUCCCCGCAUCUUUGAACGCUGGCUGCACUACGGCCUGCAAGACGAUCCCGACGCGAAGCCCGGCAGCGGCGCCGUCAGCCUGGUGACCCCCAGAGACCAAGAGGUCUUUUCCUUUUUGCGCCCCAUCGCGCAGCGCCUGUCCAAAGACGGCAGCGCACUCGAGCUGGACGAAUCGCGGAUACAGGACUUCCCUUUCAAGGAACGACGACCCGACGAAGACUACUUUUACCAGCCUGCGGCGGCCCGCAUCUACCACAUGCUGCAGCACGUCAGACCGAGCGUGUUUUACGUCUUUGGCGGCGCCAGUCCCGCAAACCCGCCCCCGGCAAUCGAAGAUCUGCUUGCCAGGACCGGGUCCGGAUUGGGAGGCAGCGGCGGGGUUGCAGCUGGCAGAGUCGGCCACCACGUGGUUCAAUGCUUUGGGCAUUUGAUGCCCAUGGAAAGGCCCAAAGAAUGUGCCCAACACUGUGCCGCCUGGAUCGGCUCCGAGAUGAGUCGCUGGAAGAAGGAGGAGCAGGCAGAGCUUCAGGUGUGGUGGAGCAAGCCCUAUGCGGAAAAAUGUGUCCUCACCGACCAGGUCAUGACCUGGUUGUCCGAGGGCCGGCCAUCAAAGUUGUGA